AUGAACAACUUCCACGUCUACGAGGCCAUUGGCCGCGGCAAGCACUCGACUGUCUACAAAGGGCGGAAGAAGAAAACCAUCGAGUACUUCGCCGUCAAGAGUGUCGACAAGUCGCAGCGCUCCAAGGUCCUCAACGAGGUCCGGAUGCUUCAUUCUUUAGAUCAUGCAAAUGUCCUGAAAUUUUACUCUUGGUAUGAAACUUCAGCACAUUUUUGGCUGGUACUGGAAUAUUGUGUUGGUGGAGACCUCAAGGGCUUGCUUGAGCAGGAUAAGAAGCUGCCUGAAAGUGCCAUGCAUGACCUGGCUUACGAUCUUGUCAAAGCCCUCCUGUUCUUGCAUUCACAAGGAAUUAUAUAUUGUGAUCUGAAGCCAUCUAACAUCCUACUUGAUGAGUUUGGAUGCAUGAAGCUGUGUGAUUUUGGAUUAGCAAGACGUUUAAAGGACAUCGAGAAGACCGACCCUGGAGAUGUGCCACAACCUAUGAGGGGGACACCAUGUUACAUGGCUCCUGAGUUGUUCCAAGAGGGAGGGGUCCACUCAUAUGCUUCUGAUUUCUGGGCUCUUGGUUGUGUGCUAUACGAAUGCUAUGUAGGAAGACCUCCUUUCGUGGGCCGUGAAUUUACCCAGUUAGUCAAAUCCAUACUUUCAGAGCCUGCACCACCUUUACCUGAUAAUUCGUCAAGGUCUUUUCAGAAUCUGAUCAACUGCUUACUCAUGAAAGACCCAGCUGAAAGACUACAGUGGUCUGAACUCUGUGCACACAACUUCUGGAGAAACAGUAUGCCAAUGAUUCCGUUACCUCCUCAACCUGCCUUCGACAACAUGGUUGGACUUCCCACUACACCAUAUCUAGCUGAGCGAAAUGGGGAUAAACCCUCCAGACAGCUGACGCCACCCAAGACUCGUGAACACCUACGCAAGAAAGAUGAAAAUUCUGCCAAGAUGUUCACGACCCCUGUUAAGAAUGUGCUAACUGGUAAGAAAAAUAAUGCAAAACCUUGUAAGGCUGAUGGUUUGAAGGGUGUAAAUGUCCUUAGAAUGUCUCGCAUAGCUAAGAAAAAUUUGCAAAGGGAAAAAGACAAGGAGAACUACAGGCGUCCUCCCACAGAAACAGACGAAAAUGAGGCUGAAGUUAAGAUAGAAAAUAAUGACAUGGAGCUUGAUUUUGGUGAAAAUCCAGAAGGCGAUGCACCUGAUGAUAAUGAUGGAUCAGAUAAUGUUGGAUCCACAGCAGAUGAAAAGCAUACGACCGAAGGAACUGAUGGAAAUGAAGAGAACUGCAUAAAUCAGGUGGAUAUGCUCACGGAUGAGUGUUCUGUUAAGCCUGAUACCAUGUUGAAAGCUGAGCAGAACUGCUCAGAGAAUCCUGAUGUGGUGGCCACUCCACCUAGUUUCUGUAUGAGGAAAGCACGUCCGAAGAUAACUUCUGGUGCUGCAAUGGGUUCUGAGCCGUCUAACAUCUUUGAAGCAUUCUGGCAUCCAACAGAUCUUGCUGUUAAACCAGUUAUGCCCAGUAAAAAAGGAGAUAAAGCUACUGAGACUGUCACUGUGCUUCCUUUUGAAGCUCUCCCUGCUGCUGAUUACAUCAGGUUACCACGAGAACAGAUGAAUGCAUUCCAUAGCCAGAUAAUUCAGAGUUUGAGUGGAUCUUUUCAGGUUUCAGAAAAACAGAAUAUCAUCAGAUACCUGGAGUUGCUAAGCAUGAACUCUGAUGCUGCAAAUAUAAUCACUAAUGGCCCAAUUAUGUCAUUGCUUAUAAAAAUGCUUCGACUAUCAAAAACUUCAGUCUUGCGUGUCCAGGUUGCUUCACUUAUGGGACUGUUGAUACGCUACUCCACUAUCCUUGAUGCAGAGCUAGCUAGUUCAGGAAUUGUUAAUGCCUUGUCAGAUGGCUUAAGGGACCGGCAUGAUAAACUGAGGAGAUUCUGUAUGGCAACACUUGGAGAAUUACUGUUCUACAUAUCAACUCAAUCUGAUCAGGAUAGCAAAGAAAGCAAUGCCCAGGAAUCUCCUAUGAAGGACAACAAAGCUGGUGCUUUGUGGCAGGUUCCUAGUUCUGUAAUCGCACUAGUGUCAUCUAUCUUGCGUAAAGGGGAAGACGAUCUAGCCCAGCUUUAUGCCUUACGGACAAUUGAUAAUAUAUGUAGCCAAGGAACAGAUUGGACAUCGCGGUUUGCUUCCCAAGAUGUAAUUGGUCAUCUUUGCUACAUCUAUAAAGCAACUGGGAAGCAAGAGAAUACAAGGCUUAUUGCAAUUUCUUGUUUGAGCCGCCUAGCUCGAUUCAGUUCGUCAUGUACUCAUUUAAUACUGGAGAAGCUAACAUUUAAGGAUAUUGCAUGCACACUCCUUAAGGGCAAUCCACGUGAGCAACAGAUAAGUCUGAAUCUUCUGAACUCGGCAUUAGGGAACAGUCAUAUCAUACCAAAUAUGAGCCGCUAUAUUCUGUCAUUAACUGAGGAGAAACAGUUGGUCCCUGGACUUAUUUCUCUGAUAGAACAGGGAACUGACAUUCUGCGUGGGAAAGCCCUUCUAUUUGUUGCUCUUCUUUGCAAGAACAGUCGAAGGUGGCUUCCGCAAUUCUUUUGCAAUGCAAAGCUACUAUCAGCAGUCGAUAGAUUGGGAAAGGAGAAGGAUGGUUUCAUUCAUCAAUGUACAGAAGCAUUUGUUCAGUUAGUUGCUUCGUUGGUCCCAGGCAUUCUUGACACUGUAUCCAGUGAUAUACAGCAGGUCAUGGGUGGCAAACGUCAUGGACCUAUUACUGCUUUAACUGGACGUGCUCAUCCAAAGAGCACAAUUCAUUUGUUCCCUGUCAUCCUUCAUCUUCUUGGGAGUGUAUCCUUCAAUCACAGAGUUGUGACAAGUCAAGUAUUGCUCCAGUUGGCUAAUCUUAUGAAGAUAUUGGAGACACCAUUUCAGGCUCGGGAUGAUUUCCAAAUGACAUUGCUGAGGGUUCUUGAGGCAGCUACGGAGGAGCCUUCUGUUAUACUUAGGGAACACAAAAUAUUCACAAGUCGAUUCCUUCCAAGCUUAUCCAUCUUAUACAAGGGCAAUAAAGAUUGUGAUGCCAGAUUCCUGUGUUUGAAGAUACUGUCUGAUGUGAUGAUUGUGAUCUUCAGCGAUUCUUCAUUGACUGCAGAUGAACAAUGUUUAGCUGACCUGAAAACAAUCUCUCACAAAUAUUUUCUCCCAAUGUACCCUUCAUUUGCAGAGGAUGAAGAUCCAAUACCUAUGUAUGCACAGAAACUUCUAGUAAUGCUGAUGGAACAUGAUUGUGUUAAGGUAUCUGAUAUCCUGAAUGAAGCGACAGUAUCCCAGUGCUUUGAAUUCUUGCUUGGAGAUCUUUCAAAUGCAAACGUAAGCAAUGUCAAGCUUUGUUUUGCUCUGGCAUCUGCUCCCGACAUGGACUCCAAUAUCCUUUCGCAGCUUCAGGUUGUCAGAAGAAUAGGGAAUCUACUUGAGUUUGUGACUGCCAAAGAUAUGGAUGAUUUUCUGGAACCAACCUUGGAACUGUGCAGAGCUUUCAUUAUCCGUGGCACCGGCAGCAACAGAAGUAUCGUCCUCAGCAAAGAACCUGCACUCCUUGUUGAUAGCGCCUUCAGCAUGAGCAUUGCUGUCGAUCAACAAUCUUGCAUCAUGGACAUAUGCGACCUUGGUGGCAGUAUGGCUAUAUUUCUGGAGGUGGUUGGAAAUUCAGAUCCACAGAUAAGCGAUUUGGCGUCAGAUUGCGUGGUGUUGCUGCUCAAGGCAGCACCUCGAGAGGCCACAAUGGGCCUGCUGACAAAUCUUCCUAAGCUGAGCGCUCUUCUGGACUCGUUGAAGCAUGGCGCCCCCUUGCCGCUGACUCGCCUGCUAUACAGCCUAGCAUUCUCUUGUAGGCAAUACCUAACCCAAGGAAUGAUACUCUCAAUAUCAGUGCCAGCUCUGAUGCGAGUAGAAGCGCUUGUGUCGUCUUUCAAGGGCUCACAGGAUAGCUGUCUUGCUGAUGCUGCUUCGUGUGUGGGUGCCGAACUGCAGCGCCUACCUCGCUGUGGUUGA